GGUACAGUGUCUGGUUCUUUUAAAAUCACAAUAUAUGAAAGCGUUAUAUGUUUUUGGGAAUCCAAAUGAUGCACUUGCUUUUAAUCUAGUUAAGAAGUGGUACUAGAAUUCUACUGAAUGUUCUUACUGGUGGAAUGUGUUUUUCAUACUGCGGCUGUAAAACCCGUUCUGCUGUGAUUCGCCGCUGCGGGUCCCGGUUGGGAGGUGCUCUCCCUUUAAAGACAGAAUCGAUCAAAACACAAAGACAGAAGAUCAAACUAACAGGACCGAAGAGAACUUUUACGAUUGAGUAGAAAGGUGCGCUGGAUCUGUAAAGAUGCGUCUGUCGACCGCCGUGUUUGCGGCGUUCCUCGGGCUGUCUGUAGCAGCUUCUGACGAGGAGGGCGUCUCGCGGAUCUGUCAGCCUGCGCCUAACUGGGAGAUCGAUGGGUAUUCGCCCAUGCAGGACCAGCUGGGCAGGGUGACUGUGGUAGCACUGCUGAAAGCCAGCUGACAGUUCUGUCUCACGCAGGCUUCCAGGCUGGGAGGUCUGCGUGCCAAGCUGUCCAGGAGAGGGCUCUCGGAGGUGGGAUUCUUGAUCGUCAAUGAGAAGGAGCCCCAGGCCAGAGCCAUGUACUGGGAGCUAAAGAAGAGAGCGCCCAUGGGGGUUCCUGUGUACCAGCAGGACCCCCUGCAGCAGGACGUGUGGGAGACCCUGGGAGGGGACAAGGAUGACUUCCUCAUUUACGACAGGUGUGGUAAGCUGACGUUCCACAUUCCACUGCCUUACAGCUUCCUUCACCGCCCCUACAUCGAGGCUGCUGUCCUUGCCACCUACCACAAGGACAUCUGUGGAAACUGCAGUUUUCAUUUAAACUCAACUCUAACUGCAGGACCGAAUGGGACAAAUGUUACUUCCAUAAAUGCUGCUGCCACAGAUUCUCCAGUGGCCCAGGGAGCCACAGAGAUUGGGCACACAAACACAACUGGACAACACCACCACCCGGACAGGGAGCCCCCAGUUAAAAACAUCCAGCACCAUCACCAUGGAGACCACCAUUCACACAAGGGGAAGGGACAUGAACAGCCCCACAGCCAUCAUUAAUCUAAAGGGCAAUGCAGAUUAACCCUAACCCUAAAUGUGCUGGGCCCAGUUCCUGGAGAUUGUGGAGGUGACACUGACGCUGUGUAUAGAUGGUGUAUUAUUAGACAUGAAUUAUUAGGUAUUGGACUUGUGCUGAUUUUAAGUGAGAUAGAAAACCGGUCUCGCUGCUUAAGUUUGAAUAGCCCACAUGAAUUGAAAUUCAAGUCUUCACUGCUAGUUUAAUAUAUUUGCAUUUCUAUUGCUUAAAAACAAAUACAGUUUGCAUGUAGGGCCAGAAUGACUAAGCCAUGUGACCCAGUGCAUGUUACAAUACUAUUAAGGAAUCAUCUAAAAGAAUGAUUCUGUACAUAUCCACCUUCCAACCCUUUGUUCUCCUUCUUGUUGUGAGGGCUAUGCAGACAAGCUGACCCUUAUUUGGUCUCUCGGUAUCUUUGCUGUUCUAACUUCCCGGCCCGUGCUGUUGGGUUUACUAUGGCUCUCUGACUCCCUGCACUAUAUGAAUUCUGCAGUUAAAACUACAGUGCUUAGUGGCUGCAGACUGAUGCUGUGUAGGUGGGAACACAGAGCUUGUAGAGAAACUGAACUGUUGAGAGGGGCAGCAAGUACUGAGGCAGAUUUGUUUUAGAGGCAGGGUUGUAUUCUACUGUAUAUGCAGUAUAUACAGAUAAGCUUGGUUGUGUCACCUUUACACCUUUAUCUAUUCUGUACCUAGCCAUGUUGCAUAAAGACCACCCCUACAUGGGAGUGUGAAAAGGACUUUGGAAUUGCAAAGCUUGCCAGUGCCCUUAAAAUGAGUGUUAUUACUAUUGCGUUCUAUAUUGCCUCACUGUGUCUGUGUCAUGAGAGAGCAAUAAAAUACCACCUGUAUGGAUGUAUGGAUGGAUGUCACACUUGAUUUUUAUUUGCUCAUCCAGUUGUGAUGGAACUAGAUGUUCUAACCUCUGAUUUGUAAGUCUAAUAAAAUAUAAUUAACAAACCCAGUCUUAAGUCCAGUCCUAAAUGAAAUAAUUUGUCUGCUUGACUACAUUUCAUAUAAUCUAUGGCAAUAUGAGUGUUUUGUAAGGAUGAAUAAAGCAGUAUAAUUUGCACUUACUGUAAACUAUACUGUAUUUAAAUCUUGAUUUUGCAUUGUAACCCCUGUAACAGCUGUCUGGAUAAAGGUGUCUGCCAAAUCAAUUAAAUACAUAAAGAAAUAAA